AUGGAGUAUGAAUACUUCGCAAAGAAUCAAACUGUUUAUUUGGAAUGCCUGCAAGAUGCAUUACCUACUAAACAAAAGUUAAAAUCAGUGGACAACAAAUGCAUUUUCUGUAAGACUGCGGUGGAAUCUACUUUUCAUUUGUUCUUUGACUGUGACUAUGCUAAAGCUGUGUGGAAUCUACAGCCAAUGACAGUUCAGGGAGUACCUCACAACUCAGCUUCUCUUAAAACUUCUUUCUUGCAUAAAUAUAAGGAAUGGUUAGCAGGAGAUUUGAAUUCCAUCUCGAUGGAACUAGCUGCAACAAAGUGCUGGUUUAUUUGGGAAGAAAGGUGUCUUAGGGUAUUUGAAGAUAAAUCUAGAAUACCAAUUCAGUUAGCACUAGAGAUAUCAAGACACUAUGAGUACUGGCAUCCAAUGACUUUGAAUAGUUUGAAUCAAACACAAGACAGAACUAUCAAACCAAUACCACAUUGGACCUUCCCAAUGACAAAUACUUUCACACUAAAUUGUGAUGCUUCUUGGUUGUCUGAAAAUAUUAAUGCAGGCUUUGGUUUUGUUCUUCGUAAUUGGACAGGAACCUUCAAAGGAGCAGAAUCAGGGAUCUUCAGGUCCUCCACUGCGGAAGAAGCAGAAGCUCUAGUUCUCCUCCAGGCAGCUAAAUGGGUCAAACUACAUAACAUACAACAUCUGGUCAUAGAAGGAGAUAGCAGGGCAACAAUUCGGUAUUUACAGGGAAAGGAAUCAACUAUCCAAUGGCGAAGCAUUGCAAUCCUGGAUGAAGUAAAGAAGCUAGUAGAAAAAAUUGUAUCUUUUUUUGGGUUUCCAGUACGUAGACAGACGAGCAAACAAAGUGGCAGACCAAUUGGAAAAGAAAGAAAGAAAAAAUAA